AUGUUACUUGCAUUCCGCCCCCAGGUGGUUUCUAGGCCCCUCGGGCUAAACACGAGGAGAGUUCUAGUUAAAGAAACGGUAGCGGGCUUAAAAAGAGCAUUUCAUGUUCAAAAUCCAGUAAAAAAAGACCACAAACAUGAAUCCAAAGAAGAUCGAGUCAACAAAGAAAUCAGAAAAAUGAAAGAGUUAAAGGACAAAUACCGCGAUGCCGGCUUCAUAGAGCGAUUAAGGUUGCGUGCUGAGCUUUUGCAGCAAGAAACAAGAGUAACAAAUGCUCAGGACUCCUUAGGGGAUGUAGGCGACGUUCCCUUGCCCACGAUUCGAUUCGAAGAAAAUCCACUCGAUGUGAAAAAUGUUCACCAUUAUCAUGUUGUGUACGCUUUUAUGUUGGACUCGUUUUUGCGCGAGUGCAAAGCGUUUGCUAGCGGAAGAACUCCCAAUGCCAAUCCCGACACUUUGAUCGAGGAUAUCAUUCUGUCGUUUAGAGAGUACCAUCCCAAGGAAACCCCUAUUACGAAGGAUGAUGUUUUGCUCUACUUCCAUUUAUAUUAUGCUUUGGCUAAUAACAUCGUUUUCUUGGACGAGGUGGAGUUUGGUAAUCCCGUGGUGUCCAAACUCUUACAAAAGUACACCUCUAUGGAGCCUACCGACGAGCCCCAAGAGUUGGCAGCAAAGAUCGCCGAAGAAUUGGACCUCGAGAAAGAUGUGGUAGUAGGCUGGUUCAACGUAUUUGGAGUGCUUUCAUCUACUCCUUUUGCAGAAACCGACGAGAAAUAUACCUGCCCACUUUGUCCCUACGAGUACGCUCAAUACCAGCUUUUCAGUGAGCAAGUGGGUGAGAUCCAAAAAUCGUUCUCCAAGUUGUACAAGUCAAAAAAGAACGUUUCUUCAGAGAAGAAGUCGACGGACGAGAAACCCGGCUUCUUUUUCACUGAAAAGAAGAGCAAUUCUAAGAAAGGGACGAACAAAUCUUCCUCCGACAAGAAAAAACCUAUGGAAUUUGAGAUUAACCUUAACGCGUCUCCCAUGAGACUUUUCCAGCUUGGUCUUUUGAGUGGGCUUGUAACUUAUUUCAUCUACACAUUGACCGCAGAACACGAUAACGAGAUAUCUUUCCAGGAGUUCUCUGCCAAAUUCUUAUCUAAAAACCUUGUUUCUAAGUUGGUUGUUGUUAACAAUAGAACCGCUUACGUGGAAUUGAACGAUAAUGGAAAGUCCCAGUACCCACAUCAAGGAAGAUUCUACUUCAAUAUUGGAUCCAUCGAGUCUUUUGAGCGUAGUUUGCGUGCAGUUCAGGAUGAGUACAACAUUGCGGAACCAUUGAGAGUUCCGGUUGUGUUUGCUAACGAAGGAAACAUGACCAAGAUGGUUAUAAAUUUCCUUCCUACUCUUUUAUUCUUGGGAGCUAUUUAUUAUAUGACCAAGAAAGCUACGGCUGGUGGAAUGGGUGGACCAUUAGGCUUUGGUAAAUCAACAGCAAAGAAGUUUAACCAAGAAACUGACGUGAAGAUUAGGUUUAAAGACGUUGCAGGUAUGUCCGAAGCGAAAGAAGAAGUGGUUGAGUUUGUCAAGUUUUUACAAAACCCAGAAAAGUAUGAAAAGCUUGGUGCCAAAAUUCCUCGUGGUGCUAUCCUUUCAGGUCCUCCUGGUACAGGUAAGACUUUGAUUGCUAAGGCUACCGCAGGAGAAGCUGGUGUUCCAUUUUAUUCUGUUUCCGGUUCUGAAUUCGUCGAAAUGUUCGUUGGUGUGGGUGCUUCUCGUGUCCGUGACUUAUUUAAAACUGCCAGAGAAAAUGCUCCAUCGAUUGUGUUUGUUGACGAAAUUGAUGCGAUCGGAAAGCAGCGUUCGAAGGGUAACGCAAGUGGUGCUAAUGAUGAGCGAGAGACAACAUUAAAUCAAUUGUUGGUCGAGAUGGAUGGCUUUGAUAGCACUGAUCAUGUUGUUGUACUUGCUGGUACCAACAGAGCCGAUAUUUUGGAUAAGGCGUUGAUGAGACCGGGUCGUUUCGACAGGCAUAUCGCGAUCGACAAUCCUGAACUUCAAGGCCGUAAAGAGAUUUUCCAAGUGCAUUUGAAAAAGAUCAAAUUGGUUGACAACAUCGAUGACGAUUUACCAGGAAGACUUGCCGCAUUGACGCCAGGAUUUUCCGGAGCUGACAUUGCGAAUGUUUGUAACGAAGCGGCAUUAAUAGGUGCCAGGUACAAUGCAAAGGCAGUUGCGUUGAGACACUUUGAACUUGCUAUUGAAAGAGUUAUUGGAGGUAUUGAGAAGAAAUCAAAGAUUUUGAGUGCUGAAGAACAGCGUAUCGUUGCAUACCACGAAGCAGGACACGCCGUGUGUGGUUGGUACCUCAAGUACGCACAUCCACUUUUGAAAGUUUCUAUCAUUCCUCGGGGCCAAGGUGCUCUUGGGUAUGCCCAAUACUUACCACCAGAUCAGUAUUUGAUGUCUACAAAGCAGUUAUAUGACAGGAUGAUUAUGACGCUUGGAGGAAGAGCUUCAGAAGAGCUCCAUUUUAACUCUGUGACCAGUGGAGCCCACGACGAUUUCAAGAAAGUUACCAACAUUGCCCAGUCUAUGGUGUUACGUUUUGGUAUGUCUCCAAAGGUAGGAAUGGUCAACUAUGCUGAUUCACGGUCGUCGGACGACUUGACAAAGCCUUUUAGUGACAAGACGAACAAACUCAUCGACCAGGAAGUGCAGCGCAUAGUGAAAGAAUGCUACGAGAGUUGCAAGAGCUUGCUCCAGGAGCGGUCCAAGGAAGUGGAACUUGUUGCACAAGAGCUUCUCAAAAAAGAGUUCAUCACCAGAGAAGAUAUGAUCAGACUUUUGGGUAAGCGGCCGUUCCCUGAAACCAACGAUGCCUUUGACAAGUACCUCGAUGGAAAAGCUGCAUUCAAGAAUGAACCAGAACCCAGUGCGGAGCCCAGCACAUAA